UAGUCAACAUGUCGGACGCUGAGGAUGACUUCAUGUGCGACGAUGAAGAGGACUAUGAUUUGGAAUAUUCGGAGGACAGUAACUCGGAGCCAGACGUCGACUUGGAAAACCAAUAUUACAACUCGAAAGCACUCAAGGAGGAUGAUCCGAUGUCAGCUCUUGUCAGCUUCCAAAAGGUUUUGGACUUGGAACACAAUGACAAGGGAGAGUGGGGAUUCAAGGCACUUAAACAGAUGAUAAAAAUCAACUUCAAGCUGGGCAAGUAUGAAGAGAUGAUGACAAGGUAUAAACAGCUGCUCACUUACAUCAAAAGUGCAGUGACAAGAAAUUACUCGGAAAAAUCAAUCAACUCAAUCCUGGAUUACAUAUCCACCUCGAAGCAGAUGGAGCUACUGCAGGAGUUCUAUGAAACAACCCUUGAGGCCCUGAAAGAUGCAAAGAAUGAUAGACUGUGGUUCAAGACGAACACAAAGCUGGGGAAGCUCUACUUUGACCGAAAUGAGUUCAACAAACUGGCGAAAAUUCUGAAGCAGCUGCACCAGUCAUGCCAAACCGACGAUGGAUGUGAUGACCUGAAGAAGGGGACACAGUUAUUGGAGAUUUAUGCGCUGGAGAUCCAAAUGUACACGGCCCAGAAGAACAACAAGAAACUGAAGAAGCUGUACGAGCAGUCGCUGCACAUCAAGUCUGCAAUCCCGCAUCCGCUGAUCAUGGGUGUGAUUCGUGAAUGUGGUGGCAAGAUGCACUUGCGUGAGGCCGAGUAUGAGCGUGCACACACAGACUUCUUUGAAGCAUUCAAAAACUAUGAUGAAUCGGGCAGCCCGCGGCGGACCACCUGUCUCAAGUACCUUGUGUUGGCCAACAUGCUCAUGAAGAGUGGCAUCAACCCCUUUGACUCCCAGGAGGCAAAGCCCUACAAAAAUGACCCUGAAAUUCUUGCCAUGACCAACCUUGUCAGUGCUUACCAGAAUAAUGACAUCAGUGAGUUCGAGCUAAUAUUGAAGACCAACAGGAAAAACAUCAUGGAUGACCCUUUCAUCAGAGAGCACAUUGAAGAUCUGCUUAGGAACAUUAGAACACAAGUCUUAAUAAAGCUCAUCACACCUUAUACCAGGAUUCACAUACCUUUCAUAUCAAAGGAACUCAACAUAGACUCAAGUGAAGUGGAAAAUCUUCUGGUAUCUUGUAUUUUGGACAGCAUGAUCCAGGGUCGCAUUGACCAGGUGAACCAAGUUCUUGAGUUGGACAGCAAAGGUCAAGGUGCAGCCCGGUACAAUGCACUAGACAAGUGGACAGCACAGCUUGGCACGUUGCACCAGACCAUCGUGAACAAGAUCAUGGCGUAGCACACGCCAGGCCUAGACCACCGCCCCUAAAGCUGUGUGAGCCCAUGAGUGCAUUGACUGCUGUGUCUGCCCACGAAUGCCUUCUCUGCAUGGCGUCCACUUCAAGAGGCAACUUCUAAAUCAUACCACCGUCGGCUGUGUGACAGCAACAUUGUGUGUCUGUCAUGCUGGUUCCUCGAUUCUUACUGGAAGCUCUGUUAACAGAUUUGCACUCGUUUUACGUUGACUUACAAAGGAGCCAUUGGCUGCUGUGGCUCGCACAAAUUGCAGGUGUGCAAGCGUAAUUCGAGUGCUUUUGCAAAAAUAGAAUCCACCAUUUUUGCUCUCUAUGGUUGGUUACAGGCAUGGCUGUGGUGCAUGCCCCCCUCUGUUAGCUGUUAUGGGAAGGUAUGGAGCAAUUUGACUGCAAUAUAACACCCAACAAAGCACUGCUGAUGACUUACCAAAUGUCCAACAGUCACCUCUCAGAGAAGCAAUACUUAGGCCCAAUUCAGUUUGCGCCUUUCGAGCUUUCUGCAUCGCAGUGCUGCAAAGUGCAUGUGGAGAUGCUUUGCGAACAGAGCUGUGCGUCUGCAGCUAUGCAUGGCUUUCAGUUGUGCGUAACAAGCGUGAACAAUGAUAGAAUGUGCCCAGGUGUGAUGAGCGGCUUGAGGACGCAAAUUCCAAAUGCUAGCUCGCGUAAUGACGAAAAUUCUUUUGUCCUUUUUCAAGCUUCUCUUUUUUUUCCAAAUUUCGCCAUCAAGAGCAUACUAGCAUAUUUUCUUAAGGUGAAACAAGUGUAGAGCACUUGUUUUAAGCUAAUUGAGCCACUUUUUAAACUGUGCAGUUUAACUUGAAAGCAUUGGCAUCCAGUGUUCACAUGUUCGUAUUUUGUGGAUAACAUUUUCCUUCCGAUGUGUUGCUGGUCCUGUCUUGUACAUAACAGUUUGCCAACAGGACAGCAGAAACUUUCGAUGGUCCUGACCUGUUGGCAGUGCGCGCCUCUUUCUGUGCUAUUUAAGAGUGAGUGAUAGACUGCUUGGGUUUGUAAAAUAAACGCUGCGCCAGAGAGUUUUGACAAAA